GAAAAGGGCUUGUGCUCCACUGUUCAAACUUGUCAGUCAGCUCAUGCCAGCACUCUCCACUGCUGCCUCCCCACCGCACCCUCAUUACAUGUGGUCUGCCUCAGCUGAUCUGCUCAUCUAUUCAGAGACUCACCGGAUAAGUCAGGCUUUCUCCCUUCUCUCUGCUGUGGAAUUGGAUCACAAACCACCCCGCUUUUCUUGAAACCCUCACAGGUAGCUCUUUGCCUGUGGUAUCUUUUCUUCUCCCUUCACCGCUUGUCUGUUUUUAAUUUCCAGAAUGGAAGAAGCUGAACUGCUGAAGGAAAGAUUCCAGGCCAUAACAGACAAGAGAAAGCUUCAAGAAGAAAUCACAGAGAAGCGUCUUAAAGUAGAAGAAGAAAAAUUAAAAUACCAGCAUUUGAAGAAAAAGGCCCUUCGGGAGAAAUGGCUCUUGGAUGGUCUGAGUGCUCUCACUCCAAAAGAGCAAGAAAAUAUGCAAAAGCACAAUAGGGAAGACCAAGAACGGACCAACGAACUGGAACAAAGCAUCCUCAGACUUGAGAAAGAAAUUGAAGCUCUGGAAAAAGAAGAGAUGAAAAUCUCAGUUAAUGAACAGGCAAUUUUAAAGAAGCUUAAAUCAGUUGAGAGGACAGCAGAAGAUAUCUUAAAGUCUGUGAAGGCACCUAAAGCAGGAAUUCAAGAAGAGCCAGUGGACUACAUAUAUACUAAUAUACCCGACCUUCCAAAAUCCUUCAGACCUUCUGCACUGAAAAGGGCAGGACAGGCAGGAACUGAGGAUGAUGAGGAAAACAGAAGAGCAUUGUUUGCCAUGGAAAUUAAAGUUGAGAAAGACAUGAAGACUGGGGAAAGCACAGUUUUGUCUACCAUACCUCUUCCAUCUGAUGAGUUUAAAAGUACAGGAGUAAAAGUCUAUGACGAUGGUAGGAAGUCAGUCUAUGCAAUGUGGUCCAACGACAGCGUAACACACAAUGGCAUAGAUGAGCUUGCACCUGUUGAAGUGGAAGAUCUUUUAAGAAAAGCGACUGAAAAAAAUGCUAAAUCUCCUACAGAGUAUCAUGAGCCUGUGUAUGCAAACCAGUUUUAUAGGCCAACAACUCCCCAGAAAGACAAAUUAGUUCCUGGACCAAAUUUGGAAGACACUGUUAAAAAAGAGACUAAUGAACUUGGCAAUCAUCAAAACGAAUCUUUCUAUAACAAAGGCAACAGGCAACAUAAUGAAGAAAAUGGUUUUGAUCGUCCCAAAGUAACACUGCCAAAGUCUCCCUCUCCGGGGUCUCAGCAAAAAGAGGGAAAGGUACACAUUAGUUCAAAAAACAGGAUAAUACAUAAUGACAAAAGAGGAGUUCUACAAAAGGAUUUGGAACCCUAUCAGAAGACAAGAGAGAGUCAUUGUGAGGCAAUGUUUAUGAACUCAGAGAAUACCAAUGAAAAGUCUCCUGUAACUCAGGAUGCUGAUGAAGAUGUUAGGUACAGCAUUGUUCAAGCUGUGCCAUGUUAUGUGGAUGAUACAGAACCUGUUACAAUGAUUUUCAUGGGUUAUCAGCAUGUAGAUGAUUAUGAAGAAACAGCAGCAAACAAAAACUUGUCCAGAUAUGAUGGAAUUAUCCGUGCGGAACUGGUUGUCAUUGAUGACGAUGAUGAAGACAACAGCAAAUCUGAGAGACCAUCGUAUCAUCCUGUAGGCCACUACAGUCAAGUUUACCAGCCACCCAAUAAGCAAAUAGCAGAAGUUCCACAGAGGAUCCUGGAGGACAACCUAGGUGGAAACAUGAAUAAAUCAUCCCACAAAAAUUCCAUAUCACUGGAAGAACAAGAAGAAAGUUUGAGCUCUAUGUAUCAUACUCAUCUUGACGGCCAGCUAUCUGGAGAUGGUACAGAGGAUCCCUCGUUAACAGCUCUGAGGACGAGAAUGGCAAAGCUGGGGAAAAAGGUGAUUUAACAGCUGGAAUGACAUGGAACUCACAUUUAGGCUUUAUUAAUCAAAAGAGAACAAAGUUAAGACUUCCUUUAUGCCUGUU